AUGUGCAAGCACUUCGGCGUCGAUUCCCACGGCUCCUCCGUCGAUAUCACAAAGGCUCGUGAGGUCCUGCCCACCAAUGUCAAGCCUACCCAUUACGACCUCACCCUCGAACCAGACUUUGGCACCUUCAAAUACAAAGGAACUGUUGUCAUUGACUUGGACGUGAACGAUGAUUCCACAUCGAUAGCCUUGAAUACCACCGACCUCGAGAUCCACUCCGCGACUGUAUCCAGCGGCCAGCAGACCAUUGCCGACAAGCCUACUCUCUCCCACGAUGAAGACAAGCAAACCACCACGGUCGCCUUCGACGGCACUCUUUCAAAGGGCAGCAAGGCGCAGCUGACACUCACAUUCACGGGCACAUUGAACGACAACAUGGCAGGCUUCUACCGCUCUUCCUUCAAAGACGGUAAUGGCGAGACUACAUGGAUGGCCACCACCCAGAUGGAGCCUACGGACGCAAGGCGAGCUUUCCCCUGCUUCGACGAGCCUGCGCUCAAGGCUGAGUUUACCGUAACUCUCAUCGCCGACGAGAAGAUGACAUGCUUGAGCAACAUGGACGUCGCCUCGGAGAAGACUGUGGAGUCUACCAUCACCAGCGGACUCAAUCGCAAGGCCGUCACCUUCAACAAGACACCCCUCAUGUCGACAUACCUUUUGGCCUUCAUCAUUGGAGAGCUCAAUUACAUCGAGACAAAGGCAUUCCGCGUUCCCGUCAGGGUCUAUGCGCCCAAGGAUCGCGACAUUGAACACGGUCGCUUCUCGGUCGAGCUUGCAGCGAAGACCUUGGAUUUCUAUGAGAAGACAUUCGAUAGCGAAUUUCCGUUGCCAAAGAUGGACAUGGUGGCCAUUCCCGACUUCAGCGCUGGAGCCAUGGAGAAUUGGGGUCUCGUCACGUAUCGUGUUGUCGAUGUGCUCAUUGACGAGAAGGUCAGUGGCGCUGCGGUGAAGCAACGGGUGGCCGAGACGGUGCAACACGAGCUUGCGCAUCAGUGGUUCGGCAAUCUUGUCACCAUGGAUUUCUGGGAUGGAUUGUGGCUUAACGAGGGUUUCGCUACCUGGAUGUCAUGGUACUCUUGCAACGUCUUCUACCCUGACUGGAAGGUCUGGGAAGGAUAUGUCACAGAUAACCUUUCGAGUGCUCUUUCGCUCGAUUCUCUGCGCAGCAGUCACCCGAUCGAGGUUCCUGUCCAACGAGCGGACGAGAUCAACCAAAUAUUCGAUGCAAUCUCGUACUCAAAGGGAUCUUGUGUGCUGCGCAUGAUCUCCAAGUACCUCGGCGAGGAGGUCUUCAUGGAGGGCGUACGCAGGUACCUCAAGAAACACGCGUAUGGCAACACCCAGACAGGCGAUCUCUGGGCCGCCCUUGCCGAUGCAAGUGGCAAGGAUGUUGAGAAGGUCAUGGACAUCUGGACCAAGAAGGUUGGCUUCCCAGUGGUCACCGUCACCGAGAAGCCCGAGUCAAACUCCAUCCAUGUGAAGCAGAAUCGCUUCUUGCGAACGGCCGAUGUGAAGCCUGAGGAGGACGAGACCCUCUGGCCUGUCUUCCUCGGACUCCGCUCCAAGGAUGGCGUAGACGAGAACUUGACAUUGGCUUCGAGAGAAGCAGACUUUGAGGUGAAGGAUCUUGAAUUCUUCAAGCUCAACGCCGACCAUACCUCACUUUACCGAACCUCUUACUCGCCCGAGCGCUUGGAGAAGCUUGGAGUUGCUGCUAAGAAUGGGUUGAUGACUGUGGAAGACCGCGCUGGUAUGAUCGCCGAUGCAGGUUCUCUUGCUUCUUCCGGCUACCAGAAGACCUCUGGCAUUCUCUCACUUCUCGAUGGCUUCAAGACCGAACCCAAUUUUGUUGUCUGGCAAGAAAUCAGCAGCCGUAUUGCCGUGCUCCGCUCUGCCUGGAUGUUCGAGGAGCCAGCUGUUAAGGAGGCACUCAAGAAGUUCCAACUGGAUCUGUCCAAGGACAAGGCACAUGAGUUGGGUUGGACCUUCAGCGAGAAGGAUGGCCACAUCGAGCAACAGUUCAAGGCACUGAUGUACGGCACUGCUGGUGUUGCAAACGAUGAAACCAUUGUCAAGGCUACUUUCGAUAUGUUCGAGAAGUUCAAGGCUGGCGAUAAAACAGCCAUCCACCCCAAUCUUCGAGGCAGCGCGUACGCCAUUCUUUUGACCCAUGGAGGAAAGGAAGAGUACGAGGUGAUUCUUCAUGAAGCUCUUCACGCAAACACGAGCGACGAGCGCAACAGUGCCCUCCGAAGCCUUGGCCGCGCGAAGGACCCCGAACUCAUCCAACGCACUCUUGCGCUAUCCAUCAGCGAGGACGUGAAGGGACAGGACAUUUACUUGCCCAUCUCAGCACUCCGGACGCACCCCGAAGGUAUCAACGCCCUGUGGAAGUGGGUGAAGGACAACUGGGAGGAGCUUGAGAGGCGUCUUCCCCCCAGCUUGAGCAUGCUCAGCUCGGUCGUCUCCAUCACCACUUCUAGCUUCACGCACCAGGAGCACAUUGACGACAUCCAAAAGUUCUUCUCCACUAAGAGCACCAAGGGUUUCGACAAGGCGCUCGCACAGAGCUGUGACGCAAUUAGCGCAAAGGCAGCUUGGAUCAAGCGCGACUCUGAGGAUGUCAAGGCUUGGCUCAAGAAGCAUGGCUAUCUCCAGUAG